AUGGAUGUAACUACUAUUGACUGCGCUGAUGGUAUUCCUACUGUUGGCUCUUUUGUUGACGAGCCAUAUUUCUAUGCGCUGCUAUGGGCUUUGCUGAUUAUGGCGUGCGUUGUGGCAAUGGUAACGUUGGCUGUAACCGUUCGUUCCACUGUCCGCGUAUGCCGUAUUCGGCGCUGGAAGCCCGAACCUAUGCCUGCGAUCUCGGUCUUAGAUCGCAACCCAUUGGAUCAGAUGCCGCACUCCGUUGACCGGAGUUUUUGCUUUGGGCGUUGCAAUGAGCGCGGAGUCUGCUUUAUGGUGGACGGCGGCAGCUACCGUUGCGUUUGCUAUGAUGCAGAGGCGUCGUCGCCAGAUUGCGGAAGCGGUGCGACGUCAACUGUUGCGGCUACAGCGGCUGGAGCGCAUUUGACUUAUGAGCAAGUCGCGGCGCUGGCAUUUGGAUUUGCAGGGUUAUACGGCUUCAAGCGGUUCAUGUGGACGGUGCGGAGGCGGCGUCCGUCUUUGAUGGUGACGUUAGGGCGCUCUAUGUCGGCAAUUGGAAAUGGACCUUCAAACUUAGGACUCCUGCUACGGCUUUUCCGGAACUAUCGGUUUCAAUGA